AGGAAAUAGGGGGACUGGCAGACAUGGUCGUGUUCGAGCUAAUCAAUGCGGCUCCGCUCACCGAGAAGGUGCAAUCGCGGCAGGCGAAUGUCUAUCUGUACCGGGCCAUGUGGCUGAUCGGAUGGAUUCCGCCGAAGAAGGGCAUCCUCCGGUAUGUGUAUCUCUUCUGGACCUGUGUACCAUUCGCUUUCGGAGUGUUCUACCUCCCGGUGGGCUUCAUCAUCAGCUACGUAAAGGAGUUCAAGAACUUCACUCCCGGCGAGUUUCUCACCUCGCUCCAGGUGUGCAUCAAUGUGUACGGCGCUUCGGUCAAGUCCACGAUAACCUACAUAUUCCUCUGGCGGCUGAGAAAAACGGAAAUGAUCCUGGACGUUCUGGACAAGAGGCUGCAGAACGACAGCGAUCGUCAGAAGAUCCACAAUAUGGUGGCGCGGUGCAACUAUGCAUUUCUUAUCUAUAGUUUCAUCUACUGUGGCUAUGCAGGAUCCACCUUUCUGUCCUACGCCCUGAGUGGUCGUCCUCCCUGGUCGGUUUACAAUCCGUUCGUCGACUGGCGCGAUGGUUUCGUCAGCCUAUGGAUUCAGGCCAUCUUUGAGUAUAUUACCAUGUCCUUUGCGGUGCUUCAGGAUCAGCUAUCGGACACCUAUCCCCUCAUGUUCACCAUUAUUUUUCGCGCCCACAUGGAUGUCCUCAAGGAUCAUGUGAGGAAUCUCCGGACGGAUCCAGAGCGUAGCGAGGCGGAUAACUAUCAAGAUUUGGUCAACUGUGUUAUCGAUCACAAGAUGAUUUUAAGGUGCUGCGACAUGAUACGACCUAUAAUUUCCCGCACCAUCUUCGUCCAGUUCGCGCUGAUUGGCUCCGUUUUGGGACUGACCCUGAUUAAUGUUUUCUUCUUUUCGAACUUCUGGAAGGGCGUGGCCUCCUUCCUGUUCGUCAUCACCAUCCUGCUUCAGACCUUUCCCUUCUGCUACACCUGCAACCUGCUCAUCGACGAUGCCGACGAUUUGGCCAACACCAUUUUCCAGUCCAACUGGGUGGACGCAGAGCCACGAUACAGAGCCACAUUGGUCCACUUUAUGCAUCAUGUCCAGCAACCGAUUAUUUUCAUAGCCGGCGGCAUAUUUCCCAUUUCAAUGAACAGCAAUAUAAGCGUGGCCAAGUUUGCUUUCAGCAUCAUCACAAUAGUCCGGCAAAUGAAUUUGGCCGACCAGUUUCAGUGAUUCUACCAAGAAUCAUAUACUGCUGGUAGUCCUCGCAAAUAAGUAUUAUCCUGCACUAGAAAUGGCCACAAAAAGUCGAUUCUUUAUGUCCCCGAUUUGCAUAAAAUUUCUAUACUUUCCAGCUUAUCUCGUAAGAUUUUGGCUGAUUUAGUUGGCUGAAAUGGGAAUGGCUCAGUCCCAGUGGCAAAAAUUUGCAAAUUGUGUUAACAGACGGAAAUUACAACGGUCAGAUGAGUGAGUGUAACAACAAGAACCACAAAUAACAAAGUCAAAAGGAUCUGGCUGUCUGGAAGGGAAUGGGACGCAGGACACAGGAAGUACAUGUAACCGUUUACAUAUUGUAUGCGAUUUUUAUUUAAAUUUUAUGUUAAACACGUGACUUGUAACCCACAAGAAA